AAAAAAAGCACAAGGAUGGUGGAUCAAGGCCCAGGCCCAGGCCCAGAUCAAAGUUGUUUGUUGAUACAAAAAAAUAGCCGUUGUAUAACAACAGGUUGGUUUCUUGUCCGAUCCCAAAAUUCAAACUUCUACCAAAACUAAACUCUCUCUCUCUUUCUCUCGGUCUAGCUCGAACAAGCAUUUUUUUACCACUAUUCACUUAUUAAUUCUCUCUCUCAACUUUCUUUUUUGUUCAACAACAUCUACUUUCUCUCUCUAAGUCAUCAUGGACGCCGACGAUCGAGUAAUUGAUAUGCUCACAGAAAAGUUUAAUAGCUUCGUCAUUCACUGCAAUUUGAACUCCUCGCCAGAUAAUUCGUUGGCGCAAUUGAAGGAAACCUCAUACAACAUGGAUGAGAAUAGUUUGUCCAGUGAAGUCCACGAAAUUUCUCCUCAGCAGGAUCAUACUCUCCCAAUAUUGAAGAAAAUAAUUGACUUGAGUACCAAAGCUCAGAAUUUGAAGAAACAACAUAUAGACCUUUGUAAUCAUGUGAAACUCACAAUCGGGUCCUUUCCCGGUCUAGAUGUUUUGAACUCUGUUCAGCUUCUGGGUGCUGAAUAUGAACUCUUGAAAAGAAAGUACACGGAGGAGUCCUUUGAGCGUAGGCGUCUUUACAACGAAGUGAUUGAACUCAAAGGAAAUAUCAGAGUUUUCUGCAGAUGCAGACCAUUAAAUGGAAGUGAAAUUGCUAACAAAUCAGUGGUGUCUGGUGUCAAUUUUGAGUCAGCUCCUGAGGAGCUUCAAGUCAUUUGCUCCGAUUCUUCUAAAAAGCAAUUUAAAUUUGAUCAUGUAUUCAGACCUGAAGAUAAUCAAGAGGCUGUUUUUGCACAAACAAAACCUAUUGUUGCAUCAGUUUUAGAUGGAUUUAAUGUAUGCAUUUUUGCAUAUGGCCAAACCGGAACCGGUAAGACUUUUACAAUGGAGGGAACGCCCGAGCAUAGGGGAGUUAAUUAUAGAACUCUGGAGGAGUUAUUUCGGAUAUAUGAAGAGAGACAAGGCAUAGUAAAAUAUCAAUUGCUUGUUAGCAUGUUGGAGGUUUACAAUGAAAAGAUAAGAGAUCUCUUAGUGGAAAGUUCUUCAGAAGCUACUAAGAAGAUGGAGAUAAAACAAGCUGCUGAUGGAACCCAAGAAGUCCCAGGACUUGUUGAAGCUCGUGUUUAUGGAGCAGACGGUGUUUGGGAAAUUCUGAAGUCUGGAAACAGAGUCAGAUCAGUUGGUUCCACAAGUGCUAAUGAGCUUAGCAGUCGUUCUCAUUGCUUGUUGCGAGUAACUGUGAUCGGGGAGAGUUUAAUCAAUGGCCAGAAAACAAGGAGUCACCUUUGGCUAGUAGACUUAGCAGGUAGUGAGCGUGUGGGAAAAACUGAAGCUGAGGGAGAAAGACUGAAGGAAUCUCAAUUCAUAAAUAAGUCUUUAUCAGCACUUGGUGAUGUUAUUGCAGCUCUUGCUUCCAAAUCAACCCACAUACCUUACAGGAACUCGAAGCUCACUCAUAUACUUCAGAGCUCGUUAGGAGGAGAUUGCAAAACUUUAAUGUUUGUCCAGAUAAGUCCCAGUACAGCAGACUUAACAGAGACACUUUGUUCCUUGAAUUUUGCCACUCGUGUUCGAGGAAUUGAGAGUGGCCCAGCCCGCAAACAAGUAGACCUCACUGAGCUCUUUAAGUACAAGCAGAUGGCAGAAAAGUUCAAACACGACGAGAAGGAAACUAAGAAAUUACAAGAUAACUUGCAGUCCGUGCAAACAAGACUAGCCGCAAGAGAACUCAUGUGCCGGAAUCUUCAAGACAAGGUUUGGGACCUUGAAAACCAAAUAACAGAGGAGAGAAAAGUCAGACUGAAGCAAGAAAGUCGAUCACUUGCUGCAACACAAACUUCAACAGUGUCAUCAUCAACACAUGCGGCAACCGAGAAAACCAUUAAGAAGACACCACUGGUUCCUUUGGGAAGACCCCCACUGAGAAGAAUUAAUAACUCCUUGCCUCCACCAUCCAAUAGAAGGACCUUAUGCAGCUCUUCCUUACAAGGAAAGGAAAACGUUGUCAGAAUGACCUCAAUGACUACAAGUACAGAAGACCUGCCAAAACCAAGAAGAAGGGUAUCCAUUGCUGCAAGACCACCAGCUGCACCGUCGAAAACACAGCUUCUUCAACCAAGGAGGCGAGUUUCCCUGGCAACACUCAAUCCUGAAACAACUUCUGAUACGAUAACUUCACUCCAUAACACCUCUGAAUCCACCAGUGGAACCAACAUUUACCAAUCAACGAUAAGGAACCAAAGGAAAGCUCGAUAUUCAAAGUUGUGGACCCCAAUGGAAAAAGCAGCAGUUGAGACAUCGCCAACUGUGAGUAAGAACAGCAGUAGUAAGUUUGCUGACAGUCCAACAGCACAGGCAGAUUCGCGGAUGACGGCUAGACAUCCACAUUCAACUGUGAUUGCACUGCAACGCAAACCUUUAAUAUGGAGUCCUUUCAAACUGAAAGGCAUGAAAAGUAGCAGAAAGUCAUCACUCUUGCCAUCUCGGCCUUCCAUCCAAAUGCAAUGAUCUUUGUUUUCUAAAACAAUGACAUAUACUUGUAGUGUUUGGAAUUAAAUUGAUUACUGACGAGGGAACGAAAUCUGUGUUGAGAAUGUUAGAUAAAUUUCAAGUGCUUAUAAUAUCAUUCUUUCUGAGUCUAGUUUUUCAAAGUAAUAUAUAUCAUUCAAGUGCUUAUAAUAUCA